GGAACAACCACUACCACCGCUGAAGCCAAUUCACUCUCUUGGGAGACCCAUGGGCAGAAUCCGUUUAAAUGCUUUUUAAGAGAUCUCGGAUCCCCAGCAGCACCUGUGCCUCGGGGAGUUGCAAAAGCUCUGAAUUCCCCGGAGAGCCCCCCUGGUAGUACACCUAGCCCCCCAAGAAGGAGGCUUUGGAACUUGUGUGUUGCAUACUUAGAAACUACUUCCUACUGAAGGAGGCUUUAGAACUAGCAAUUCUCCUAGAUCUGGAGGAUGAGUGGGUAUUUGGAUGAAUCAGACUUUAUGAUGGUGGAGGAGGGCUUCACCACCAGAGACCUCCUUGAGAACCUCCUCAUGGAGGCCUCCCAGACGGGCAACAAAGGGGCCUUUUUUGUGGCAGACCUGGGGGAUGUAGUGAAGAAACACCUGCGCUUCUUGAAGGCCUUGCCCCACGUCAAACCUUUCUACGCCGUUAAGUGCAACAGCAGCAGAGGAGUGGUGCAGACGCUGGCUGCGCUGGGGGCAGGAUUUGACUGUGCUAGCAAGACGGAGAUUGCAUUAGUUCAGAGCAUCGGGGUCCCACCUGACAAGAUUAUCUACACCAACCCCUGCAAACAGAUCACGCAGAUCAAAUACGCAGCCAGCCACGGGGUCCAGCUGAUGGCUUUCGACAAUGAAGUGGAGCUCGGGAAAGUGGCAAGGAGCCAUCCACAUGCCAGGAUGGUUCUGUGCAUCGCCACCGACAACCCCAGAUCCUCUGCCCGUCUGAGUGUGAAGUUUGGUGCCACCCUUAAGUCCUGCAGACACCUACUAGAAACUGCAAAGGAGAUGAAUGUGGAGAUCGUUGGCAUCAGUUUUCAUAUUGGCAGCGGCUGCCUCGACCUGCAAGCCUUCCCUCGGUCCAUAGCAGAUGCUCGGCUGGUGUUUGAAAUGGGUGCAGAGCUGGGCUACAAGAUGCACUUAUUAGACAUUGGAGGUGGAUUCCCUGGCACUGAAAACUCUAAAGUCCGGUUUGAAGAGAUUGCAGCCACGAUAAACUCCGCCUUGGACUUGUAUUUCCCAGAAGGCUGUGGGGUGGAAAUCAUUGCCAAACCAGGACGAUACUAUGUAGCUUCCGCCUUUACCUUGGCUGUCAAUGUUAUUGACAAGCAGGAGGUUCCCUUGGACCCGCCUGGAUCAGAUGAUGAAGAGUCCAGCAGCAAGAAGAAUAUCCUGUAUUACAUUAACGAUGGCAUCUAUGGAUCCUUCAGCUGCAUUUUCUUCAAUCACACCUGCCCCAGCCCCACCCUGCACAAGAAACCCGGCCCACAUCACCCCUUGUUCAGCAGCAGCCUCUGGGGUCCUUCUUGUGAUGGGCAGGACCACAUUGCCGAUGGCUUGGAGCUACCAGAACUGCAAGUUGGUGACUGGCUGACGUUUGAGAACAUGGGUGCCUACACCAUAGCGGCCUCGUCCUCAUUUAAUGGAUACCAGCAGCCACAGAUCAACUACGUCAUGUCCCGGGAAGCUCUCCGGCUGCUUCAGGGGAAACUGCCACAACCAGAAGAAGAUAGAGAGAGCCUAUGUACUCAUCUCUCCUGUGGCUGGGAAAUCACAGAUACCUUGUGCAUUACCCCUGUCUUCACUCCAGCUAGAAUCACGUGAGCAGCACCAGUCAUGACGGGGGCAGAUCCUUAACCCAGGGGACUCUUGCAUCUACUUCUCAUGCCCUCCCAGAUUUCUGCGCUGAAGUAGGACCUGUUUUACAUUCAGUGUGGUUUUUUAAGUAUGCAACAUAAAUCCUGUUCCUCCUG